CCUUGAUGUACAUGAAGUAUGUGUCAGAUACUACAUGAAAUAUCACAAAAGGAGGCAGAAAUGAGGGUUACACCGAUGAUAACCUCAGCAACCACAAUAUUUGUGGUAGCACGUUUUGGAUCCACAAGGUGGCGCCCAAGGUCUGGACCAUAGUCAGACCAAAAGCAGAGGAGGACACAGGACACACAUGAUGCGCAGACUGCGCACAACUCAACCCUUACUCCAGGCGUACGGGAAAUUACUGGUACGAUGUCAUGCAACGUCACAAGACUUCAUCCUUCAUUAAGAGGAGACGCGUCUGUAAUGUUUUUAGUGCUGACAUGACAGACUCAGAGCGCACAGAGGGGCGCCUUCUGCAGUUUCUGUGGGACGGUUUGAGAGGAUGGCAGAGCCUUCUCAGCUCACCAUUUUUCCCAGUUUUGUUCUCCCUGACUGUUUACCUUGGCUGCUGUUUUCCUUACGUUUGUCUGGAUUUGCUCUGCCCCAGACUGGCCCUGGUACGUCGCUACAAGAUCCAGCCUCAAAGCAAAGUGACAUGGCCAGUGGCUUGGAGGUGCAUGCUCAAAAUUCUUCGCAACCACGUUUGUUUUGUUUUCCCCCUCUCUCUCGUGCACUGGUACUGGAGCCCCCCGGUUUGUCCUCCACAGGCACCUGAGAUGCUGUCUGUGGUUCAGGAUGUGCUGGCCUGCCUCCUCUUGUUCGACACGCAGUACUUUUUGUGGCACCUGCUACAUCACAAAGUGGCCUGGCUCUACCAGUUUUUCCACAAGGAGCACCACCUCUACACGGCCACCUUCUCCCUGGCGACAGAAGACACGAGUGUCUGGGAGAUGCUGAGCCUCAGCUUCUUUGCAACUCUGAACCCCGCACUCCUCAACUGCCAUCCACUCACCAAGAUGCUCUUCUUCAUCACCAACAUUUAUCUAUCGGUUGAGGCUCACUCAGGGUAUGAAUUUCCCUGGUCUCCACACAGGCUGGUGCCCUUGGGCCUCUACGGAGGCUCUCGGCAUCAUGACCUCCACCACCUGAAAUUCAAAGUGAACUAUGCUCCGUACUUUACGCACUGGGACAGACUUUGUGGCUCACUGCACAGAGGAGGCACACAGAAAAAGUAACACCGUAACUUAAAAGAGGACUUUAAAAAAGAGGACUUUAAAGUUUAAAUGACUUUAAAGUUAAAAUGAUCAGAGUAUAUGAAGGACAUUUUCUUCUGUUAUUAACCUGCAAGACUAACGAAGACUAACCUUGAUUUAAUUUUGUUUUAAUCUUAAUAUGUGUUUAUACAUGGAUGCCAAAAGAUGCUGGUACUUUUUUUUAUACUCCACCCAGAAUCGUUUGAGUAUGAAACACAGCUGCUGUUGUGUUGCAUGUUGCAUGAAAAAUAAAUAUUGUAAUAUUAUUGAUCACAGUAACCAGUAACAGUUUUAGUGACAGCUUGGAGGAUGAGACUGACAUCAUGAAUUUAGCCUUGUUUUUGUCAUAAAUAUGUAAAUGCCUUGAAACUAAUCUGAUCACAGCAGACACUCUUGUAAGCAUUAAAUCCACUCAUAAAUCACCAUAAUAUUACUUUUUGUUUGCUCUACUUUUGCCACAGAAUGUAAAAUGGUGUCAAAUGUUCACUGUAAUUAUCCUCCAGUUUACUGGAUUUAUUAAAAUUAUAUCAAGUGCAUAUGUUCCUGCAUAUGUAUCCCCAAAACAAAGGUUAUAAGACAGAUUUUAAAAAUGUAGCCAGUAUACAUCAGAGGAAAUUUUUUAAAAAGCUGUAUACAUUUCUUUUAACUUCAGUUCUGUUGAUGAAAUUAAUUGAAACUUGUAUUUUACUGUUCUAUUUUUUUUCAUUAAAUUAUUUGAGAAAGAAAGUAUCAGUAUCAGAAUAAUAUCAGAUACAGUUUAAACAAACAUCAAAUCCAAUUUCACAGUCUC